AUGAUCCAAGGCGGUGAUUUCACAAAAGGAGAUGGAACUGGUGGAAAGUCCAUAUAUGGUGAACUCUUCCCUGAUGAAGUAACUUCAACUAAAAGCAUGAUGGACCUGGUUGGGUUUCAAUGGCAAACGCUGGCAAAGACACAAACGGUAGCCAGUUCUUUAUCACUCUCGUGGACACUUCUUAUCUGGAUGGAAAACACGUGGUGUUUGGAAAGGUGA